UUUGAAAAGAAAUUGCUUAAAUGAACGAAAUAGUCAAGAAAUUGAAGAAUUCUAAGAAAUUAAUAAUGAAUGUUAAAGAUUAAGUUAAAAAAAUUCAAAGUUGUUAAUGAAUAAGAUUGUCACAUUAAGAGUACAACUGAAGGUUGAAGGUUGAUUUAUUGCAGAGGGUAGCUCAUACACGAGGGCGUGUAAUUUAUCAGAAUGGCCGUGUCGGAGAAGGGAAUGAUAUUUUGAAAUAGGCGCCCUAUCGAUGGUCAAAUGUUCACGAGACUUAUCGAUAGGACGAGUUGUAAUCGAUUGUGAGAUUUCAAUAACAUUGAGAUCGAGUGUGGCCCUGAUAGUGUGUGCCCGUGCGUGUCUAUCGAGAAGAGAACGAGGAAAAGCACACACACACAGCGGCAAGAAUCAAUAAGAGGAAAACUACAGGGACACGCUUCACACUUUGGAUUAAAUCUACGCUCCGUCAUCAGAAGUGGGAUUGUGCCUUCGUCUGCACACCAUGGAGGACCAACUGCGCAUCUUGAUGGAGCACCAAAACCAAAGUUUCUUGGAAUUGGCAAAAACACUGCAAGCGUCUGUGCGAGAACCGGCACAAAAUGGCGUCGUCACAUUGCCAAAGUUUAACGCCGACAUUCCAGGCGCCGACGCUACUCAAUGGUGCUUUAUGGUUGAUAUUAUUGUGGCUGAAAAACCUCUGGAAGGCAGUGCAUUAAUAUUGGCCUUAACAAAAUCGCUGGAAGGAAGUGCGUCCCAAUGGCUGUCAGAAGUGUGCUAUGCUGGUGUGACAUGGUUGGAAUUUAAGCAGUUAUUCCAACAACGCUAUGCAAAUGCAGAGACGUCAGCCGCCAUGUUUUUACAGUUACUGAACAGUCGCCCAGGCAACAGUGAAUGCCUUGCCAUAUAUGCUAGUCGCAUGGUGACGUCACUCGUUUGCAAAUGGAAGGGCUUGGAUACCGAGAGGAUUGCUGUGUCUGUGGUUUUGGGACAUUUGGCCAACUUUGAUCGCCGAUUACAAAGAAUUGCCUACACUGCCGAGAUCAAGAAUAGACGCGACCUACAGGCUGAGUUGCAGGUCUUCGCUUUUGACAGGCGCACACAUCAUUCUGGAAAUGAGGAAUCUGGAGGAAAGCGAGCUAAGUUCGCGCUCUUGAAGUGCCAUCUUUGUGGUAAAAUGGGACACAAGAUGAUUGACUGCCGAAACAGGAAGCAGAGCGCUGGCAUGUCGAGACAGGAUCACCGAGGAAGCCAAUCAUUUCAGCAGCAUUCUAAAGGCAGUAUAACUUGCUAUCGCUGCCAGGAGCAAGGUCAUAUAGCUUCACAAUGCCCCAAAAAUAUGGCAAGUGGUGGAGCUGGAUUUCGGAACGAGAAGAGAGCUGAGCUGUGCGUGGUGGAUGAACCAAAGACAAGUAUGCUGCUACGAGGUGAGAACUUUCCAAUUAUCUUUGACUCUGGAGCAGAGUGCUCUUUCAUUAAAGAGAGUUUUGCUAAAAACAUAAGCGGUAAAAUAAUAAAUAACGUAGUAAGCCUGAAAGGUAUUGGAAAUGCAAAUGUUUGCAGUACAAUUCAAAUCGAUAACAACAUUGUUGAAAUCCUACUCAGAUUCUUUUAUACAGGGAACGCCUCAGACUCGCGUAAAUUCGGGAGAAAUGAAAAUUCGAUUGAUUGAUGAGAUAAAAACGGUACAGAGAAGACCAUAUAGAUUUAGCCCCAGUGAGAGAGAUGUGGUUCGAAACAAAGUUC